UAAUUUGCGUCACUGAUAAAGCACAAAGAUGAAUGGUUUUCUAUUAUUUUUAGCAACAAUAAUAGGAAUACUUUAUCCUGUUGAUUUAACUUCAAAAUGGUAUCCUCGUCCACCAUCAAGGCAGGGUCGACCUGUCCUUUAUAAAUUGGAUGACCCAAACAUAAUUAACCUUGAUUCUGAAAAUUUCGAGACCUUUGUCACCAAUCCGAAUCGUGAUUAUAUAUUGUUGGUACAAUUUUACAUUGACUGGAGUGAAGGAUCUCGCAGUGUGGUCCAAGCUUAUUCCGAUUUGGCUAGAAAUAUUUCAACUUGGGAAAACAUUGUUCGAGUAGGUGCCAUCAACUGUGCCGAAGAGAACAAUAUAGAUGUUUGUCGUGAAUAUGGAUGGGUUGCUUAUCCAGUGUUUAAACUGUUCCCUCCGGGUAAUAUAAUGGCAACACCAGAACCGUCUAUAAAGCUCAUUGAAUACAAUACGGUUGGCAAAAAGAUGUAUAAAUUUAGAAAUGUCAUUUUAGAGUAUAUCGACCAAUUAAUUACAAAUCACACGAAUUAUCCAACCUCUUGGCCUGUUUUUGAUUCAUUGCAAGUUGAUUCACUCAAAGACUUGGAAACUCAUUUUCAAAAUCAAACAAAAGAUUCGACCAUCUUGCUGUUAAUUGAUCGUGAUAACAGGGAUCUCAAUCGUAUGGUUUUACUGGACAUGAGCGUUUACCAGGCCAAUCUUAUCAUCCGAAGAACCCAAUUGUCUCAACAAUUAUAUGAACAAUUGAAGAAAAAUUCAUCCGGUGAACCAAUUUUCCUUUUCAUGUCGAUAGGGAAACACGGAAAGUCUUUCUUAAAAUUAAUUAGUUCCGAUGAAAUUGGUGGUAACAAUAGGGAAUCCAUAACAAAAUACAUUGAAACUCAUUUUGCAACAAACAUCAGAAACAAAAGGAUGGAUCCAAUUUACAUGAGUGAUCUUUACAAAGGCUUGAGACAUUCACUUUACAAUGAAGUUACCCUCCAUAAAAAGCUCAAUGGAAGUCAGAUAGCUGCUUUAGCUGCCUACAUAUCGGUCAUUUAUCGUUACUUUCCGUUUGACAAUGAAAACCCAAGAAGAUUUUUCAAACGUAUGGACCAAUGGAUGAGAAUCCGAAAACCAGAUAAAAUUUUGGACUCUAUUGAUUUACUUGCAAUAAUGAGGGUUGGCAGUGAAGGAUUUAUACCACAAACGGAUCAUUAUCAUCACUGCAAAUCUGGAUAUCCAUGUUCCUUGUGGCUUAUUUUUCAUGCACUAACAGUUUCAGAAUACAUAAAGAAUAAUAGAUAUAAAAUGGAGACCAUAGGACUUGAUAAAAGUAAUAGUAUUAAUAGUUUUAAAAGUAAAGCACAAGCAAUCGAAACAUCUUCCUCGUCAUCAGUAUUAUUGGAAACAACAAUAUCACUGGAUCAGGAUGAAAAGGAACGCUUGGCUCAUCGGAAAAAAUAUCCAGUUCUUUUUGCGAUGCGUGAUUAUGUUAGACAUUUUUACAGUUGUGCUGAAUGUUCAUCUCAUUUUACAACUUUAUCUAACGAUUUUGAGCAAAGACUAAUAUAUCCCAAUUCAUCUGUCUUGACCCUUUGGGAAGUACAUAAUAAUAUCAGUCAAAGAUUGUCUCGAGAAAAUCCGGAUCACCCACGGUCUCUCUGGCCAAGUCGCAAUACCUGUCCAAGAUGCUUCACACCGGCUGAUAAUUGGGUUGUUCCUGAAGUCUUCAAUUUUCUUCUCUUUCAUUAUAGCAAAGAUCAUAUGGUCGCAUUGAGAAAUUCUGUCCCUCCUUUGUGCUCAAUUCCAUCAUCAGUCUUCCUUUUCAUCUUAAUUAUGAUCAUUUCAAUCUAUUAACUUCGGUUAACAAUAUCGGUGUAAAAAUAUUACUUAUCUCUUCCAUCUUUAGAUAUUGAAAAAUUCAAUAGAAACAAAUGCGAAAGCAAAAAUCUGAAUCCGAACACAAUAUUUAGAGUGUUCAACUAUCUAGCACAAUUUCAAAAAUAGAUUAACGAACAAAUUGUAAGCUGUAAUCCCAAUGUAUCCAAAGUAACCUAUUUCAUAAAUGUUCAAUGAUAAUUUAUGAUAAAUUAGUAAUAUUGUGACCAAAAAGCAAAUUCAACCAAAGAAAUUCACAAUUGCCAAAUUUAAGUAUGUAACUAAUAAUUUAAUAAACUAAUAUUAUGCUUGAUGCAUUUAUAAAGCCAGAAAUGUCUAAUUUUGAACUUUCCCAUGAAGCAAUGUAAAUAUUACCCAUCGCAGCAUUUCCCUCUGAAAUUAUCUAAAUUAAAAAAAUUGA